ACUUUUCAUAUGAUGUGUGUGUUUUUUAUAGGGUGUAUAUAUGUUUUUGAUAAGGUAUAGAGUUUGAGAUGGUAAAUAAGAACUGAUGGGAAGAUUUUUUCAUCAAAUUAGGACCUACUUUCUAGUUUCUUUCCCUCCGUUUCUCAGUUUUCUGUUCUUUUUCAAACGGCUAUAUGUGUACACUAACUCUGGGAACAGCACACAGUUAAAGUUUUAGGCUUUCCACACGUAGAUGCAGUCAAUUCAAUGGCUAAAACGCCUCAAACCUCUUCUCCUGGCCUGUAAAGACAAAGCGUCCAUAGCUAAAGUCCAUGCUCUCAUGCUCUUGACCGGUCUCUCCCUUCAUUUAAGCUUCAAUGGCCGACUAAUAGCAUCGUACGCAAAUAUAGGCGAUAUUGUAUCUGCCAGGAAAGUGUUUGAUUUAUUGCCUCACAGAGGAACAGAUGCGUGGAAUGCAAUGAUCAUUGCGUAUUCACGUAAUGAUUUCCCUGUUGAAGCCGUAUAUCUUUAUCGUCAGAUGAUCUUGGAAGGUAUUAGACCUGAUAGCUCGACUUUUACGGUGGCCCUCAAGGCGUGCACGCGCCUGUCAGAUUUGAAAACGGGGGAGGAGAUUUGGGAUAGAGCAUUAGAUUGUGGGUACGAGUUUGAUGUGUUUAUUAUGUCUUCUGUUUUGAAUUUGUACGCAAAGUGUGGGAAGAUGGAUGAAGCGAUCGAACUGUUUGAUAUGAUGCCGAGAAGGGAUCUUGUUUGUUGGACAACUAUGAUAAGUGGGCUUGCACGGAGUGGCCAGCCAAUAGAAGCGGUUGAUAUGUAUAGGCGAAUGCAAAAGGAGGGAAUGGAAGGAGAUGGGGUUGCUGUGUUGGGAUUGAUACAGGCUUGUGCGACUCUUGGAGACUCAAAAUUGGGUCCUUCUGUUCAUGGAUAUCUGAUUCGGAGAUCUCUUUCUAUGGAUGUUUUUGUUCAAACUGGUCUUGUGGAUAUGUAUGCAAAGAAUGGGCAGUUGGAGCUUGCUCAUCGUGUGUUCAAGAAGAUGCCUUAUAAGAGUGUUGCAUCUUGGGGUGCAUUGAUUUCUGGCUCUGCUCAAAAUGGUUUCGCAGGGAAUGCACUUGAAUUCUUGGUAGAGAUGCAGAGUUGUGGAUACAGACCAGAUUUAGUGUCUCUUUUGAGUGCACUUUUAGCAUGUUCCCAAGUUGGGUUUUUGAAAUUGGGAAAGUCUUUACACGGAUAUACUUUGAGAAGGUUUGAUAUUGAUCAAGUUUUAGGUACUGCUGCAAUUGACAUGUAUUCAAAAUGUGGAGCUCUUUCUUGGGCACGUACUCUCUUCGAUAAGAUAGAUUCCAAAGACUCGAUCUCUUGGAAUGCAAUGAUUAGCAGCUAUGGAAUUCAUGGCCAUGGGAAAGAAGCUCUGUCGCUCUUCCUAAAGAUGACAAAAACAAAUCUAAAACCAGAUCAUGCAACUUUUGCUUCUCUUCUCUCGGCCUUUAGUCACUCGGGUCUUGUGCAAGAAGGUCAAUACUGGUUUAAUCUCAUGGUUAGUGAAUAUAACAUACCUCCAGCAGAAAAGCAUUAUGCUUGUAUGGUUGAUCUUUUGGCUCGUGCAGGUCGAGUAGAAGAGGCUCACAAGCUAAUAGAUUCCAUGAAUACUGAACCAGGGCUUACUGUUUGGGUUGCCCUUCUGGCAGGUUGCUGCAAAAAUGGCAACUUAGUGAUUGGAGAGAUUGCGGCAAAGAAGGUACUUGAGUUAAAUCCUGAUGACUUGGGAAUUUAUGCUUUGGUAUCAAACUACUAUGCCAAGGUGAGGAAGUGGGACAAAGUAGCUGGUGUUAGAAAAAUCAUGAAGAAGACCGGGAUGAAGAAAGUACCGGGGUAUAGUGUAGUGGAUGUGAAAGGGAAGCUCCAUGCUUUUCUCAUGGAAGAUAAGCGCCACAAUCAAUAUGAAGAUAUUAUGCAACUCUUGGAUAAGUUGGAUCAUGAGAUGAGAGCCAUUGGAUAUGUCCCAAAGACUGAAUUUGUCUUGCAUGACCUCGAAGAGGAAGUUAAAGAGAAAAUGUUGAGUAAUCACAGCGAGAGGCUUGCUAUUGCUUUCGGUCUUUUAAACACGGCUCCAGGAACCAGAUUACUGAUCACAAAGAAUCUUAGAAUGUGUGGGGAUUGCCACGAAGCAACGAAAUUCAUAACCAAAAUUGUGAACAGAGAGAUUGUUGUGAGGGAUGUAAAGCGAUUUCAUCAUUUCAAGAAUGGAAUCUGCUCAUGUAGCGACUACUGGUAAAGUAGACGUUCACAUAUUUGCUCUCUUAGUUGAAUUUGUCACAGCUGAGAUGUGAGAAUAUCAGGUGAAAUCUCGCCUCUGCCAGAAAGUGAGUUCCAAAUAUUAUAUGAGGGUAAUGGAAGAGACGAGCAUAUCGUUUGGCACAACCUUUUUAGGAGUGUCUGGAUGCAGGUUGGAAACCAAAAAAGUGUGGCUUCAAAUGUUCAGGCUCGACAAUCCAUCGCCAGAUGCUGGUGAAAUUAGUCCGUUAUUAUUCAUCAACCACCCUACAAACUUCCCCUGGACCUUUUAUACUCUAUACUUCGGCUGAGUUCAAAGAGCAAGGCUUUGUUUACCAUUCAUUGUAAUGGAGUUUAUUUGGAAGCUUGAAAUCUCGAAGGGACACCGCAGAAAAGGACAUGGAUGAUUUUUUUCUUUCUU